AUGGGAACCCCACCGGAGUCGAUAGCGGGGCAGGGACCCGAGCGCGGUCACCGUCUCUCUGCGUCUCUGUCGCGACUCUCUCGUGCUCUGACUCUCGUGGCCGCCCAGGGUGCGCUAGCUGCGUUUGCUCGUCAGCGUUUCGCACGCUCUCUUCCCAGACCCGGGCAGCAUGUUUGGGAGGCGGUAGUGACGAAGCGUCGCGAAAAGCCCGCCGGCUCCCCAAUGGGUCUUCUCGACGGGCUCGUGGUGGCCGUGUUCUCCUGUUAUUCGUUUUGA